AUGACACAGUCAGCGCAACUUACACAGGACCAGCCUUCAUGGGGUCACAGUAGCUCAGAUACACUAGAAGCAAAUAGAGUCGACGAGCAACAACAUAUAGCACGAGAGAAAUCACAGACCAGCCAAGAAAUCGAUCCAGAUGUGGAAAUCGUGGAUUGGGAUGGGCCUAAUGACCCUGAAAACCCGUUCAACUGGCCAGUGCGACAAAAAUGGAUUCUCACAUCAGUGGCUCUUUUUGGAACAUUCAUCGCUCUUCUAAACGGAACAUCGAUGGCUGUUGCUGCCGAAGCCUACAACCGCCAAUUCGGUAUCAGUGAUGCACACUUCCCAAACUCAUACUGGCCGAUUGCGAGUUGGGCGUUAGGUGGUGGUGUCUUCAUGAUGAUCCUGUUACCCAUCCUCGAAGAUUUUGGAGUCAGAUGGGGUUACCUGAUAACCUACAUUGUCCUGAUCAUUUUCAUCGUACCUUCGGCAGUCGCGCAAAACUUUGCAACACUGGUGGUUACUCGCUUCAUUGCUGGCGGAUGCGUCUCACUACUUGGAAACACGAUCAGCAGCAUCAUCUGCGAUAUCUGGGCUGGAGACCGUGGCAGGACAGUACCUAUGGAACUAUACAUUACCGUCUACUUGUUUGGCAGCACCAUGGGUCCUGUUGUUGGAGGCGCCAUUUACCAAUUCCUCAAUUGGCGUUGGAUUUUCUACAUCCAAAUCAUCUGGUACGGCGCUUUCAUCCCGCUCUUCUUCUUUACCAUCAAGGAGACCCGUGGUUCUGUCAUCCUCAAGCAACGUGCGAAGAAGAUCCGUGCAGCUACUGGAAAGAAAGCAUAUACACGCGACGAACUAAACCAUAUUCCUAUCUGGCAGGUUGUCAAGACCUCAGUACAAAGACCAGCAUACAUGCUUUUCACAGAAUGGGUUGUCUUCUCACUUACCAUGUGGUCGGCCUUUGCUGUAGGACUCGUCUACCUUUUCACUCAGAGUAUCGAGGAGGUCUUUACAGGUCUAUAUGGCUGGCCAGCCUACAGCACUGGUUACGUCCAAGCUGCCGUUGGUAUUGGAGAACUGCUUGGGUUCUGGGUCUCGUACGCAAACAUUCACUUCUACUUCCGGUCUGCAAAGUCCAAUCCUAUUGAUCCUGGUACGCCUGUUCCGGAAGCUAGACUCUAUAUGUCUCCUGUAGGUGGCUUCUUUGGCAUGACUGGAGGUAUGUUCAUUUAUGCAUGGACAUCGUAUCCAGAUAUUCCUUGGAUAGCUCCAGCGAUUGGGCUAGCAAUGGUUGGUUUCGGCAUCAACAUCGUUUGCUCGUCCAUUGCGCAAUACCUCAUGGACUCAUACUCCAAGUACGCCGGCUCAGCGAUCGCAGCGGUAGCAUUUGGCGAGAAUGUGUUUUCUGCAUUCCUGCCGCUUGCUGCACAGAGUAUGUAUACCAACCUUGGAUAUCAGUGGGCGAGUUCGGUGUUGGCGUUCUUGUCGUUGGCGCUGGCUUGUGCGCCUAUUAUUCUGUUGUUGAAGGGACCGGAGAUCAGAGCGAGGAGUCCUUUCAUCCAAGAGGCGAGAUAUGAGCAUGAUGUCAAGGGCAGUGGUGGUGAAGAGGCUUGA